CGCCGGCCGCCGCCGCAGCCGCCUCGGCCCCUCCGCCGCGGGAUGCGAGCGCGCCGCCGCCGCCAGGGCUGAGGCUGCGGGCGGACGGGCGGGCGGGGCGGGGCGGCCAUGGGGCUCCCGGCGCUGGAGUUCAGCGACUGCUACCUGGACAGCCCGGCCUUCCGCGAGCGGCUGCGGUGCUCCGAGCAGGAGCUGGAGCGCACCAACCGGUUCCUGAAGGACGUGGUCAAGGACGGCAACGCGCUCAUCGGGGCCAUCAAAAAUUAUUCCUUGGCGGUCCAGAAAUUCUCCUUGACGCUCCAGUCCUUCCAGUUUGACUUCAUUGGGGACACUCUGACAGAUGAUGAAAUCAACAUUGCUGAAUCCUUUAAGGAAUUUGCUGAGCUGCUCCAAGAGGUGGAACUUGAGAGGUCCAUGAUGGUGCAAAAUGCCAGUAAUUUAUUGAUCAAACCUCUGGAAAAAUUCCGUAAGGAGCAAAUUGGAUUCACCAAAGAAAGGAAGAAGAAGUUUGAGAAGGAUGGGGAGAAGUUUUACUCCAUGCUGGACCGCCACCUGCAUUUAUCUUCCAAGAAAAAGGAGUCUCAACUGCAAGAGGCUGAUUUGCUGGUUGAUAAAGAGCGACACGUUUUUUUUGAAUCUUCCCUGGAAUAUGUUUACCAAAUCCAAGAAGUGCAAGAGAGCAAGAAAUUCAGUAUUGUGGAGCCUGUGUUGGCUUUUCUUCAUAGCCUCUUCACUUACAACAACCUGACGGUGGAGCUCACGCAAGAUUUCCUUCCGUACAAGCAACAGCUUCAGCUCAGUUUGCAAAAUACAAGGAAUCAUUUCAACAGCACUCGUGAAGAGCUGGAGGACCUCAAGAAAAGAAUGAAAGAAGCUCCACUGACCUGCAAACUACCUGGCAAGCCAACCAUCGAGGGAUACCUCUAUUCACAAGAAAAAUGGGCCCUGGGAAUCUCCUGGGUCAAGUACUACUGCCAGUACGAGAAGGAAACAAAGAUGUUAAGAAUGACACCCAUGGAGCAGAAACCAGGAGCGAAACAAGGCACCACUGUACACUUGAUUCUGAAGUCCUGCGUGCGAAGGAAGACAGACUCCAUCGACAAAAGGUUUUGUUUCGACAUUGAGACAGUUGAAAGGUCUGGUCCCAUCACCUUACAAGCUCCCUCGGAAGCCAACCGGCGUCUCUGGAUGGAGGCCAUGGACGGGAAGGAGCCGAUCUACCACAGUCCCAUCACCAAGCAGGAGGAAAUGGAACUGAACGAGAUCGGCUUCCGAUUUGUCCGGAAAUGCAUCAAUGCAGUCGAGACAAAUGGAAUUGCCACAGAAGGGGUCUACCGCACCGUCGGGAGCAACAUCCAAGUGCAGAAGCUCUUGAACGCCUUCUUUGAUCCUAAGUGCCCUGGGGAUGUGGAUUUCCAGAGCAGCGACUGGGACAUCAAGACGAUUACGAGUUCCUUGAAAUUCUACCUGAGGAACCUCUCGGAACCUGUCAUGACAUACAAGCUUCACAAAGAAUUGGUCUUGGCUGCCAAGUCUGAGAACCUGGAUGAGCGGCUGGGAGCCAUUCACGGCCUGGUCUAUAAGCUCCCUGAGAAGAACCGGGAGAUGUCCGAGCUGCUCAUCAGGCACCUGGUCCAGGUGUGUGAACACAGCAGGGAGAACCUCAUGUCCCCCUCCAACAUGGGGGUGAUCUUUGGCCCCACCCUCAUGCGUGCGCAAGAGGACACGGUGGCGGCGAUGAUGAAUAUUAAGUUCCAGAACAUCGUGGUGGAGAUUCUCAUCGAGCACUUUAACAAGAUCUAUUCUGGGCCUCCUGAAGACAACGCUGCACCCCCCGUGCCGCCACCUCGGGUCGCCACCCGAAGGCACAAGCCCAUCACCAUUUCCAAGCGCCCCCUGAGAGAGAGACCCCUCUUCUUUGGAGGUUCUGUGGAAGAAAGCGAAGAGGAGGACAGCUGUGGCCUGGCCCCGAAUGGCAUCGUUGCUGCCCUCAGCCCUGACGUGCCGAAGCCCCUCCAGCGCAGCCGACUGCAGAGGCCCGGAGAAGCUGACCCAGGAAGGCCCAGCCCAGAGAGCCGUGGAGCUGGGGAGCCCUGCGCAGAGGUGGGCGUGGGAAGGCUGGUGUCCAGGCUCCAAGAAGGAGGAGCAAAGCUCUCCAGUAAACCUGCCAACAGCAUCGGGCCAACUCCCCAUGCCCUGAAGACCUCCAACCUCCAGUCCAAGAAGCCUGCCCCAAGGCCUGGGGCCAGCUGCAGAGAAGGUGACUACGAGAGCUUCCCUACGAAAGCUCGGCUCCCUGGAGAGAAACCGGUCAUCACGCGGCCUCCCAUGCGACCCCCAGACCCCCCCUGCAAGGCUCCUGGCCCACAGAAAGUGGAGGCCAAGAUGGACCUGGUGGCGGGAACAGCAGCGGAAGCCCCCUCCUCCGUGGUGGCGUCCAGAGCAAAGUUCUUCGAGACAGCUUCCUUCAGGAGAGGAAGCUCUUCCUGUCCGCAGGGCAGAUCCCCAAACGAGGAGGGAUGAGAGGCCCCAGGCUUCUGCAUGGCCGAGCCUGGAUCACCUCCCAACGGAUUUGCAACCCGUGGUGUGCGCUCUGUAAACCAGCUAUUUCCAACCUCGUCUUCGGACACGCCGUUGUGACCCUCUUGCGUUGUUAUAAGGGGAGCAGAGGCAUUCCUGGGAGAGACAGGGGACCCACCAGCUACUGGAAGGGUUGAAAAAGACAGAGCAACAACCGGGCCUCUUGCUCCUCCUCCUCCUCCUCCUCCUCCUCUCACGCCAAGCUCCUCCUCCUCCUCCUCAUCUCCAGGAAGCUCUGCGUUCCCCUUCGGUGGCAGUUGGCCUGGGACAGCCAAAGAGGGACUGGCCUCCGAUGGGCUCCUGCUCCAAGAGCUGCUACCUGGAUCUAGGAUCUGGGCUGCAAGCGGCUCCUCUGCCCCAGCGGGCUUCUGGCUGGCUCCAAAUGCGCCACGUUGUGUUAUUGCUUUCCUUUUCAAAGACGGAGGUGUUGUGUGGAGGGCAGGAGUGGGGCUGGCUGUGAGGCAGAAAACAUUCCCAGUAAGGCCUCCGCACCUCUUACUGGUUGUGCUUGCGCAACCAGCAGAUGUUCCAGUGAGUGAAUAGUAGGAGGAAGAUUUCUGGAGCCAGCAGCUGUACCCCAAAGGGAGUAGAGCACUGGGCACUGAAGCAGCAACGACUGUGCACCUCUGUGAGGCUAUUUUCCCUGAGGUCCAAAGCAGCUUCAAGACAUUCCAGGUAGUUUUACCUUUCGUUGGGCCACAUUCCGCCCCCCCCCACCUUAUUUUUCCUCCCCCAGGGCCCUUCCCGCUUGCGGUAGAGUGAGACGAGAGCCUGCAUUUAGAUCUGCUUUUCUUUGACCUGCAGCUGAAGGGAGAAAGGGAUGCUGUGGUUGUGGUUGUCUGCCUGCCUGCCUGCCUGCCUGCGCUUGUGUGCCUGUCUGUCUGCCUCAGGCGGCGUCUGGGCGAGACGGCUUAGGACCUUCUGGCAUCUCAGCUGGGAUGCUCUUUCUCCAAGCUCCACCUUGGAUCCCUGCAGAGCCCCUUCCCCGGGAUUCCCCAUUCCAAGGACCAAAGUAGGAAGCAUCCAGCAAGCACCUUUUAGCCGUGCUUUGCAGAUACAAGAAAUCAGUGAACUUUGGGGCGUGGCCCUGGGUUGCCAGAUAUCGGGCCCAUUCAUUUCUCUUUAAAAAUAAGGUUGACACUUGUACCAAACCCACCGUGCCAUCAGAUAAAUAAUUUAUUUCCACAGAAGUCAGCAGGAAAUGCCAUGCUGAUAUUUAACAUGCCUCGAGGGGUGGAGAAAGUGACGCGUGUGCUUUAUUCCUGUGGUUUUGCUACCGGUGCCAUCCAACGUUCCCUUGAACUCCCCAAAGUUGCUGAUCCAAUAGAGAAGUUGGUUCACCCUGUGAAGUCCGAGUUCUUAACCGCCAUUAUAAGUUGGACUGAAUAACCGAAGAUCGAUGGAGAGAUACGAAAACACCAGCAGCCUUUUGUCAGUCCAACCCUGGAGCUCCAGAUCUUUGCUCAUUGAGCAAUGUGAGGUUGCAGUGACCUCCAGGAAGUCCAGGCGUUGGGCUAACAUCAAUCUGUGUCGAUCUGUGUUUCCCAGUAGUCCAUCAAUGGUUUAUGCUGAUACCAUUUAUUUCUACUGUGGGAAAUGAUUGCGGGAGGGAGGGAACAUUCAAGAUGUGAUCGAUUUCAGAGAGUAGAAGCUGAGAUGGGAAAGGAAUUUCUGAAAGCGAACGUUGGCCAUUUCUCUCUGCGGGAAGAGUGGGGUACUCAGCUCCCUAACUAUUGGGUGGUGAUCGCAGCCGAAAUGGGGACGUCUCUCCUCAAACCUGCUUUGGUCAUAAGCUAAAGAUGUCCAGCAAUUCAGCUCUCUCCGUUUUGUGAAUUUAAAGGGCACUUAAAAUAUUUGUCUGGUAAAAGUAGUAAAUUAGUUGUAAUAAUGUUUAUAAAGUUUCCAUGGAUUAAAAGAAUCCACCUGA